UCUCGGGGCCGGCGGUGCCGCGGUGGAGCGAGCUGCGAAUAACCGUCUGAGGCGUAGGGCGUCUGGGAAAGGCUGGCCGCCGGUCCGGCCCUUGCUCACCAGCCUCAGGUUUCCGCAGGUACCCUCGCUCUCUCUCCGGCUUCGGGCCUCGCCGGCGACUCUGCAGUUUUGGUUGUGCCUGGCCCCUCCGCCCCCUCUUGCCUCCAACCCCGCCGGCCUAAAUGUGUGAGGCUAUGGCGGCGUCGUCUCGACCCCUUCCUCACACACUUCCGCCCUUGAGUUUCUUCAGGUGCCGGUGGCAGGGAAGUUUCUGAGGAUCAGGAAGGAGAAUCUGUACCUAACUCACUGAACAUCGAGGGAGGCACGACUGCCUGGGUCGCUGAAUCGUGGGAAACCAAAAUGAGACAUAAUCAGCUGUGUUGUGAGACACCACCUACUGUCACUGUACAUGUAAAAUCAGGGUCAAAUAGAUUGCAUCAGCCUAAAAAACCCAUUACGCUGAAGCGUCCUAUUUUUAAAGAUAGUUGGCCAGCAUCUGAAAAAAAUGCACAUAAUAGCAACAAGUCUAAACGCCCCAAAGGACCCUGUCUAGUUAUACAGCGUCAGGAAAUGACUGCUUUCUUUAAAUUAUUUGAUGAUGAUUUAAUUCAGGAUUUCUUGUGGAUGGACUGCUGCUGUAAAAUUGCAGACAAGUAUCUUUUGGCUAUGACCUUUGUUUAUUUCAAGAGAGCUAAAUUUACUGUAAAUGAGCAUACCAGGAUAAAUUUCUUUAUUGCUCUGUAUCUCGCUAAUACAGUUGAAGAAGAUGAAGAAGAAUCCAAAUAUGAAAUUUUUCCAUGGGCUUUAGGGAAAAACUGGAGAAAAUUAUUCCCUGACUUCUUAAAGUUAAGGGACCAACUCUGGGAUAGAAUUGACUAUAGGGCUAUUGUAAGCAGGCGAUGCUGUGAGGAGGUUAUGGCCAUUGCUCCAACCCAUUAUAUAUGGCAACGAGAACGCUCUGUGCAUCACAGUGGAGCUGUUAGAAACUACAACAGAGAUGAAGUUCAACUGCCCCGGGGACCUAGUGCCACACCGGUAGAUUGUUCACUAUGUGGUAAAAAAGGAAGAUAUGUUAGACUGGGAUUGUCUUCAUCAUCAUCUUCAUCCAGUGAUACAGUAGAAGUGGUGGAGAAACAUUCUCAGGAAUCACACAACUCAUUCUCAAUGGACAAAAUAGUUGAUACUUCUCAAGCUUAUAGCUAUUCUCAAGCCAAUGAUCAUCGAUCAAACAAAGAAAAGAAAACUAAUUUCAUGAAGAAAGACAAAUCUAUGGAGUGGUUUACAGGAAGUGAAGAAUGAAAUGGCUCAACUAAACCAACUUGGAAUCAUUUACUACAAAAUACCAAACUGCAAGACAAGUGUCAAAAUGGGACAUUUAAGCAGUUUUGAAAUGUUACAUGUUUCUCCAGCUUUUAUUACUUUUCAAAGUUACAUGUAAAAGUUAUACAAAUCAUACUGAUAGCUAAAAAUACCAAUCUAUGAAAGUACUGAUUUGCAAUAUAAAGUUCUUUUUGAUACUU